GGCAGUGAGCAGACAUCAGCACCAACCAUGAAGACCUACGUGUGUGUGGCUCUGGGCCUCCUGGCAGUGGCGGCUCUGGUGCACGCUGACCCUGAGCCCGAGGCCCUCGCCGAAGCCGACCCCGACGCCAACCGGCCCUACCCCUACCACUACGGCUACCCCCACUACGGCCACUACUCCUACCGCCACUACGGCUACCCGCGCUACCACCACCACCACAAGCGGUCCGCUGACCCUGAGGCCAGUGCUGACCCAGAGCCCAGCAGACACUACUACGGCCACCACCACCACACCCCCUACCACUACCACCACCACCACAAGCGCUCCGCUGACCCCGAGGCUGCCGCUGAGCCCAGCAGGCACUACUCCUACGGUCACCCCCACCACUACGGCUACUACCACCACAGGCCCCACUACUACCACAACCACCACAAGCGCUCCGCUGACCCCGAGCCCAGCGCAGAGCCCAGCAGGACCCACUACUACGGUGAGGAACGGUAA